AUGGCAAGCUCUGUCCUUUAUCACAAUGCGGACAAUUCGAUCGUUCUCAUUGAUAUUCCUGCCUCAAUUGAAACCGCUCAGCAGAGUCAACUUAUCAUUGCGUCUACUCCGGCCCUGAAAACUCCAUAUCCAAGUACUGAGCCUCAAGGAGAUAAGCGAGUCAUGGUCCUAGCUGGAAUAUCAGCACGAGACCAGAACUACCACUGCUCGGUGCAGAACUCGAUUCAGGAAUCAAUAGCCCAUAUCAAGACUUUAUUCAUUGAUGGUCAAGGCGGCUCCUGGUAUCGAACAAGACAAUAUUUGAUUCGUUCAGACACAAAUACGGGAUCCAGCUGGAUUGGCGCACGAGCCUUACCGGAGAAAUCCCAGAGGUCCGAGAGCAAGAGUUCGUUGUCAGUGCAAGCCAACCUAGUCCCUGUCAUUUUGUCAACCACAGAGCUUCGCAACAAUUUUCCCUCGCUACACCAAAUGCAAGAUGUGGUCGUGCACAAUCCCAGGUCCCACGCUUCAAGAAUUUGUUUGCCCGACCAAGGUGCAUUCUGGAUCCCGCCCAACGCCACGUGCAUUCAAUCCACUCUUGAAGCAGGCUUGGAAGGGUUCAUGAUUGGCUCCAAGGCAUUAUCGAUACCAAAGUCCCAAGCCUUUGAAUUGAUACUGAUGGAUCCACCAUGGACCAAUAGAUCAGUACGCCGUUCUGGCAGCUAUCAAACCGCCGAGACCCAGAUGAUGGACCCGUUCAAUUCGGCCGUGCAGAUCGCCAGAUGCCAUCUUGUCCCACAUGGAAUUGUGGCAGUGUGGAUCACCAAUCGCAGCUCAAUCCGCAAUAUCGUGGUUGAGACAUUUCGAGCCAUGGGUCUGGGACUAUUCCAGGAAUCGAUAUGGGUCAAAAUCACCGCCGAAGGUCAUCCCGUGACACAGCUCGAUGGCGUCUGGAGAAGGCCAUAUGAAGUAUGUCUAAUGUUCCGCCGAGGGACCAAUGUAGACCGCGAACCUCAUCGGCAAAUCCUCGUUGCAGUGCCUGACGUUCACUCGAGGAAGCCCAAUCUGAAGUCCCUGCUGGAACAGCACCUUCCCCCUCGAUAUGAGGCACUUGAAUUAUUCGCACGGAGCAUGACUGCGGGUUGGUGGUCAUGGGGAGAUGAAGUUUUGAAAUUUCAGCAUGAGAGUCAGUGGACUGAGGAGCCUGACCCCGAUUUCUCAGUAGUGAGUUGA